AUGGCAAGAGCAGGAGGAAUAACGAACGCAGUAAACGUGGGGAUAGCAGUGCAAGCAGAUUGGGAGAAUCGCGAGUUCAUAUCUCAUGUUUCCCUCAAUGUCCGUCGCCUCUUUGACUUCCUCGUCCAAUUCGAGGCUACAACAAAAAGCAAGCUGGCAUCCUUGAAUGAGAAGCUUGAUACACUGGAGCGUCGUCUAGAACUGCUUGAAGUCCAAGUGGGUUCUGCAACAGCCAACCCAUCUCUGUUUACUGCUUGA